UCCACACAGAGCUUCAGAGCGACACAAACCUUCACAGCGAGUAACAGCGAGUUUCCAGCGAUCAUCAGCAACUUAUCAGCAAUUCAUCAGCGGCUAUCAGCGGUUUAAUCUUCUCCUUCCGAUUUACGAAAAUAUUUCAGCAUGAAAGUCGAGGUGACCACAGCGGUGACCUUCAUCACCGGAUUACUGAGAGGAAGAGGACCUCUGUCCGAAAAACAGCUCCAACACUUCAGCCGUUCUCUGGAAGAGGCGUUAGGAGAGCAUUAUGAGCACCACUGGUUCCCUGCCGCACCGUUCAGAGGUUCGGGAUAUCGAUGCCUCAGAAUCAAUCGCAGGAUGGAGCCGCUAGUAGGGAAGGCUGCUUACACCAGUGGUCUCAGCAUGGAGCAGGUUCGCGCCCUCUUACCGUGUGAGCUGACAGUGUGGGUCGACCCCUACGAAGUGUCCUACCGGAUCGGGGAGAACGGGUCCAUAGGUGUGCUGUAGGAGUCCACACCACUGCCGCUGGAGACUCAUCUCAACUCUGUGAUGACCGUCUCCAGCUAAUCUCUCAGCACAUCUGGCCCACAUCUGUUUGACAUUUUAAACGAUGAUUUUAAUGACUGGUCUCGCUGCACGUAUAUAUCCAAUUUAUUGGAUAUAUUUUGGUUAAGUUCCUUAUUUUAACGCCUGUAAAUUAAUUUUUAUUUCAUUUGUAAAUAUUUUGAUUUAUUAUUUUAUUACUUGUAAAUAUUUUGAUAAUUUUAUUUG